CGGGGAAUAAGGCAGGAAGGCUCAGGAAGGAUGCACGGCCAGCCCCGUGCUCCCCUGCACCCUCCGCCGUCUGCGUUCGUCCUGCCAGCCCCGCUGCCCAUCCGCUGAAUCUCAUGGGGCGUCCGCGGGGACUCCUGGCGCCCCUGCUGGGCCUGGGUCUGAGCCUGGGCCUGGGGCUGGCCCUGAACCUGCCGAGCGCUGUGGCAGCCGCGGACUCCGCGGACUGCGGGUCCCUCGGGCCGGUGGAGCGCCUGGCGUUCGCCCCUGCGGCCCGGGCACGGUGGCUGGCCCCUCGCGUGCGCGCGCCGGGGCCCCUGGACUCCCUCUAUGGCACCGUGCGCCACUUCCUCUCCGUGGUGCAGCUGAACCCCUUCCCUUCGGACUUGGUAAAGGCCCUGCUGAAUGAGCCGGCCUCGGUGAAAGUGGAUGAGGUGGUGCGGUACGAGGCGGGCUACGUGGUGUGCGCCGUGAUCGCAGGCCUCUACCUCCUGGCGGUGCCCACCACUGGCCUCUGCUUCUGUUGUUGCCGCUGCCGCCAGCGCUGUGGGGGCCGAGUGAAGACGGAGCACAAGGCCUUGGCCUGUGAGCGCGGCGCCCUCAUGGCCUUCCUGCUGUUGACCACCCUCGUGCUGCUGAUUGGCAUGGUCUGUGCUUUUGUCACCAACCAGCGCGUACACGAGCACACGGGCCCCAGUGUGGAAGCUGUGCCCGAGACCUUGCUCAGCCUACGGGGCCUGGUCUCUGAUGUCCCCCAGGAGCUGCAGGCUGUGGCACAGCAGUUCUCCCGUCCCCAGGAGCGUGUCCAGGAAGAGCUGGAUGGUGUUGGCAUGAGCAUCGGGAGCGCAAUCCACACCCAGCUCAGGAGCACAGUGUACCUGGCGCUAGCUUCAGUGAGCAGCCUGGGCCAGGCCCUGCAGGUCUCCAUGGACCACCUCAGAGCCCUGAAUGCCACCUCCGUGGAGCUGCAGGUGGCACAGCGGGACCUGGAGCCAGCUGUUCGGGACCAUAGGGACCGGCUCCUCGCCCUACUGCAGGAGCCCGGGUGUCAAGGGGACUGUGCAGGCUCCCUGAGCCGGGCCCGCGCCCUGGAGUUGGAUGCUGACUUCAGUCAGGUGCCCACUGUGGACGAUGUCCUGCAUCGGCUGAAGGGUGUCCCUGAGGCCAACUUCUCCAGCAUGGUCCAGGAGGAUAACAGCACCUUCAACGCCCUCCCACUCCUCGCUGCCAUGCAGAUGGCCAAGGAGGUCGCAGACCUGAAGAAGAUGGUGGCCCAGAUGCCCAAAGGGGUGAAGUCACUGGCCAAAGGGUUCCCAGGCUCAGAUGCGACUUUGCGCUGGAGCCAGGCCCUGGAGGACUUGGAGCGGGACAGCCGGCCUUACCUGCAGGAGGUGCAGAGAUACGAGACGUACAGGUGGAUCGUGGGCUGCGUGCUGUGCUCGACGGUCCUGCUCGUGGUGGUCUGUAACCUGGUGGGCCUCAACCUGGGCAUCUGGGGGCUGUCGGCUCGGGAGGACCCCAGCCACUCUGAAGACAAGGGCGAGGCUGGAGCCCGCUUCCUCAUGGUGGGUGUGGGCUUCAGCUUCCUCUUUGCUGCUCCCCUCAUCCUCCUCGUCUUUGCCACCUUCCUGGUGGGUGGCAACGUGCAGACCUUGGUGUGCCGGAGCUGGGAGAGCGGAGAGCUCUAUGAGUUUGCAGAUUCCCCAGGGAACUUGCCCCCCUCCAUGAACCUGUCCCACCUCCUUGGCCUGAGGAAGAACAUCAGCGUCCUCCUAGCCUAUCAGCAGUGCAGCAGGGGGGCUGCACUCUGGGAGGUCCUGAAGCUCAAUGACUCCUACGACCUGGAGAAGCACCUGGAUAUCAGCCAGUAUACCAGCAAGCUGCAGCAGGAGCUGCAGAACCUCAAAGUGAACAUGCAGGAUCUGGACCUGCUGAGCCCAGCUGCCCACCGCGACCUGGAGGCCCUGCAGAGCAGUGGGAUUGAGAACAUCCGCUAUGGAGACUUCUUGGUUCAGAUCCAGAAGCCGGUGGUGAGGACUGACGUGGGGGAGCUGGCCCAGGAGCUGGACAGACUGGCUCAGGCCCAAGGCAGCUCUGCACUAGGGCAGCAGCUGCAGGAGGAGGCCCGAGGGCUCAGAAGUCUCUAUCAGCAGAAGGUCAUCCCCCAGGAGAACCUUGUGGCAGAGCUUAACCUCCAUGUGAGGGCCCUGGAGUCCUCUGCCCCAGACCUGCAGCGGGAAACCUCGAGUGUCCUAAGCAAUGUCACUUACCUAAAAAGAGAGUUGCCAGCCUGGGCCACCAGGAUCCUGAGGAACGAGAGUGAGUGUUUCCUGGCCCGGGGGAUCAGCUACUUCUCCCAGUACGUGGACUGGGUGAGGGAGGAGGUGACCCAGCGCAUCGCCACCUGCCAGCCCCUCUCUGGAGCCCUGGACAAUAGCCGUGUGAUCCUGUGUGACAUGAUGGCUGACCCCUGGAAUGCCUUCUGGUUCUGCCUGGCGUGGUGCACCUUCUUCCUGGUCCCCAGUAUCGUCUUUGCUGUCAAGACCUCCAAAUACUUCCGGCCCAUCCGGAAACGCCUCAGCUCCACCAGCUCCGAGGAGACUCAGCUCUUCCACAUCCCUCGGGUCACCUCCCUGAAGCUGUAGGACCCAGUGGUGAGCACACGCACCUUAUAGUAAAAAAAAAUCUCUCUG